AUGGCUCACGCCCACAUCAACCACUCAAACAUCCACCUCAAAUGGUCCAACAAGAUCCCACCAGUGCUCACAGUCGAGUCGGGCACGGAGCUCAACUUUGACCUCAAAGACGGCUUCAACAAUCUAGUUCACCCGAAAACUACGGCCGCGGAGCUCCCAGGUCUGGAUACAUCUCAAACAGACCCGGCAUUCGGUCCCGUUGCCGUGCAGGGCGCCGAACCAGGCGAUGUCCUGCGAGUCGAUAUCCUCGACCUCACACCCGCAGCAUACGGCUGGACAGCCGUCUUCCCCAACUUUGGCCUACUGAGCGACGAGUUUCCCGGGCCUCAUCUCAAGAUAUGGGACUUGAGCACAAUCUCAGAAGGCUACGCUGAGUUCAAAGAGGGUAUCCGAGUGCCCACACAGCCGUUCCUGGGCGUCAUGGGCCUUGCGCCGCCGCAAGAAGGGGAGUUGAGUACCAUUCCGCCGUAUAAUUGGGGAGGCAACAUCGACUGCAAGCACAUCACCAGGGGUUCGAGUCUUUAUUUGCCCGUGCAAGUCCCCGGUGCUCUAUUCAGCUGCGGCGAUGGCCAUGCCGCCCAGGGCGAUGGUGAGAUAUGCGGUACGGCCAUUGAGACCCCAAUGAAGGCUCGACUUCGUCUCACACUUGAGAAGAACAAGCCGUGGAUUAAGUCUCCGCAUUACCUGACUUCAUCCGAGGUCAAAAAUCGGGCGAACAACAAUCGUGGGCAGGAGUAUGCUGCCGUUGGAAUAGACGACAAUCUUUUGGAGGCUACUAAGAAGGGUCUCCGAAGUGCAAUCGAUUGGCUUGUCGGGGAAAAGGGCCUGACACGGGAAGAGGCGUACAUGCUAUGCUCAGUGGUUGCGGAUUUGAAGAUUGUCGAGGCUGUCGACAUGCCUCAUUAUGCUGUAGCUUGUUCAAUUCCUCUGAGCAUUUUUGUAGAUAAAAAGUAG